CGUAUAAUAGUCUCUGCUUUCUAAAAGUAUCCGAGGACGGAUUUGAGAGAACCUGAGAAGAGAAACCCAAAAAAAAUGGAGAAGGCCAAAGAAUUUCUAGGAUUGACCGCAGAGGAAUCGGAGAGCGUGUCGCGACUCACCGUCCAUCCUCACCGAGUUGGGGUGGAACCAAGUUUCUACGAGGUGUUUAGCCUCAGAGGCAUCCGAGUCGACCGGGUGGAGCCAGGCUUCGUCGCCUGUACUUUCAAGGUCCCUCCUCGCCUCAUCGAUAGCACUGGGAAGUUGGCUUCAGGUGCAAUUGCAAACCUUAUUGAUGAAGUCGGUGGUGCUGUAGUCCAUGUUGAGGGUCUCCCAAUGAAUGUUUCAGUGGACAUGUCAAUCUCUUUUAUUUCGACUGCAAGGGUUCAUGAUGAGUUAGAGAUUACUGCAAAGGUUUUAGGACAAAAAGGAGGUUACUCGGGAACAAUCGUCCUUAUGAGAAACAAAGCAACGGGGGAGAUUAUUGCUGAAGGUCGGCAUUCAUUGUUUGGUAAACAUCACAGCAAACUCUGAGGUCUGAAUCCAUUUCACAUAAAUGUUCUAAAUCCUACUAGACGGUCGUUUUCUUUUUGUAGUGGAGUGAAUGUAUCUUCAUUGAAUAAAGAUUCAGUAUUCUGGCAGUGCAAGGGGUUAGAAAUUUGCACUUGUUUAAUUGCUGUAUAUGUGAUUGAGUAAUCAUUUAGUGAUAUAUACCUUGAAUUGUGGAUGAUGAUGA